AUGGCAACCCUUCUCCGCCCUGUGGUCACCAGCUGCUCCACUCCUGUUCUCAGCAUAGUGGCGUCUGUAAAAUUGCAGGUGGUGAGGACCCAAUGUUCACGGCAGUUCAGAAUGCACCAGGCCUCCUGUUGCCAGAAACCAGGAAUUCCCUAUAAACAGCUGGCUGUAGGAGUCCCAAAAGAGAUCUUCCAGAAUGAGAAGAGAGUGGCUUUGACUCCAGGCGGUGUUCAGGCUCUGGUGAAGCAAGGAUUUAAUGUUGUGGUAGAAUCUGGUGCUGGUGAAGCAUCUAAAUUCUCCGAUGACCAAUACAGAGGAGCUGGUGCCAAAAUUAUGGGGACGAAGGAGGCCCUGGGUUCAGACCUUGUUGUCAAGGUUCGAGCUCCAACCUUCAACACUGCACUGGGCGUUCAUGAGGCUGACCUUCUAAAAGAUGCAGCAACUCUGGUCAGCUUCAUCUAUCCAGCUCAGAGCAAAGAGCUGCUCGAUAAACUCUCCCUGUGUAAGGCUACGGUGUUAGCAAUGGAACAAGUUCCCCGAGUUACAAUAGCCCAAGGAUAUGAUGCUCUUAGUUCAAUGGCCAAUAUUGCAGGGUAUAAAGCUGUGGUGUUGGCUGCAAAUCACUUUGGGCGUUUCUUCACAGGCCAAAUCACAGCUGCUGGCAAGGUUCCCCCGGCAAAGGUCCUUAUUAUUGGUGGCGGUGUUGCUGGGCUCUCUGCAGCAGGUUGUGCAAAAUCACUGGGAGCUAUAGUGAGAGGAUUUGACACAAGAUCCGCAGCUCUUGAGCAGUUUAAAUCUUUGGGUGCGGAACCACUAGAAGUAAACAUUAAAGAGUCUGGAGAAGGUACAGGGGGUUAUGCCAAAGUAAUGUCCAAGGAGUUCAUCGAUGCAGAGAUGAAGCUGUUUGCGAAACAGUGUCGAGAGGUAGAUAUAAUCAUCAGUACGGCCCUCAUUCCAGGUAAGAAAGCUCCUUUAUUGAUUACUAAGGAAAUGGUUGAAUCAAUGAAGGAUGGAUCAGUUGUUGUGGAUUUGGCUUCUGAAACAGGAGGAAACGUUGAAACCACUAAACCUGGGGAGCUUUAUAUUCACAAGGGGGUGACUCACAUUGGCUACAUGGAUCUUCCCAGUCGACUAGCUACCCAGUCCAGCACAUUGUACUCCAACAAUAUCACAAAACUUUUAAAAGCUGUUAGUCCUGACCCAGAAAACUUCUACUUGGAUUUGAAAGAUGUGUAUAAUUAUGGCACAAUGGACCAUGUAGUUCGAGGAACUGUGGUGAUGAAGGAUGGGAAACUGAUCUUUCCAGCACCUCCACCACAGAAUAUUCCGGGAAGUACUCCGGUACAAUCUAAGAAGGAGCCAGAGUUAGAGGUUGAGAGAAAGGAAACAGUCUCUCCAUUUAUUAAAACCAUGAACAUAUCUGCCAUUUGCACAGGAGGUCUGACUAGUUUGAUGGCUCUUGGAAUCUCUGCCCCGACUGUUGCAUUCCCACAGAUGGUGACUAUUUUUGGACUGGCUGGAAUUGUUGGAUACCAUACUGUUUGGCAAGUCACACCAGCUCUUCACUCCCCGCUUAUGUCAGUUACUAAUGCCAUCUCAGGUUUGACUGCAGUUGGCGGGUUAUCAUUGAUGGGAGGCGAUUACACACCAGGGAACAUGCCAGAAUUUCUUGCUUUAGUGGCAGCUUUUAUUUCCUCAGUUAAUAUUGCUGGUGGUUUCUUAGUUACUAAGAAGAUGCUGGAUAUGUUUAAACGACCCACUGAUCCCCCAGAAUAUAAUUACCUGUAUCUGCUCCCUGGUAUGGCUUUUGUUGGAGGUUAUGUGGUCGCUCUGACCAAUAAUUUUCCUAUUGAACAGAUGAUGUAUCUUGGAUCAGGCUUGUGCUGUGUUGGAGCUUUGGCUGGGCUGUCCACUCAAAAUACUGCUCGCCUUGGCAAUGCUUUGGGAAUGAUUGGUGUAGCUGGAGGAAUUGCUGCUACUCUCGGAGGCCUUAAACCUUCUCCUGAACUAUUGGUGCAGAUGUCAGGUGCGAUGGCUGUCGGUGGAACUCUUGGACUUGGAAUUGCCUCUCGUAUCCAGAUCUCUGACCUUCCCCAGCUGGUUGCUGCUUUCCACAGCCUGGUCGGUUUAGCUGCCUUGCUUACCUGUGUGGCUGAGUACAUGGUGGCAUAUCCGCACUUCAGUACAGACUCUGCAGCCAAUUUAACCAAGAUCAUAGCCUACCUUGGCACCUACAUAGGUGGAGUGACAUUCAGUGGCUCUCUUGUUGCUUAUGGCAAAUUACAAGGUGUGUUGAAUUCAGCUCCACUCCUUCUUCCUGGGCGUCACUUUCUGAAUGCAAGUCUGCUGGCUGUCAGCACUGGAGCAGUUGUUCCUUAUUUGAUUGAUCCAAGCUAUGCAACUGGUAUUGUCUGUUUGGGAUCUGUGUCUGCUCUUUCUGUGGUUAUGGGUGUGACAUUAACAGCUGCUAUUGGUGGUGCUGACAUGCCCGUGGUCAUCACUGUACUGAACAGUUACUCCGGCUGGGCCCUGUGUGCUGAAGGGUUUCUGCUGAACAACAACCUCUUAACGAUUGUCGGUGCAUUGAUCGGCUCUUCUGGUGCUAUCCUCUCCUACAUCAUGUGUGUGGCCAUGAACCGCUCUCUGGUUAACGUGAUUGUCGGUAGUUACGGCACUUCAUCUACUGGCAUUGGUAAACCCAUGGCAAUCACAGGCACUCACACUGAAGUCAGUGUGGAUCAAACAGUUGAGAUGAUCAGAGAGGCCAAAGAUAUCAUCAUUACUCCAGGAUAUGGUCUUUGUGCUGCUAAGGCUCAGUACCCCAUUGCUGAACUCGUCAAAAUACUCAUAAACCAAGGAAAGAAAGUUCGGUUUGGAAUUCACCCUGUUGCAGGGCGCAUGCCCGGGCAACUCAAUGUGCUGCUUGCUGAAGCUGGAGUUCCGUAUGAUAUCGUACUGGAAAUGGAUGAAAUCAAUGCAGACUUUCCAGAAACUGAAUUGGUAUUAGUUAUUGGAGCAAAUGACACCGUCAACUCAGCAGCUCAGGAAGAUCCAAAUUCAAUUAUUGCUGGAAUGCCUGUGCUGGAAGUCUGGAAAUCCAAACAAGUUGUUGUGAUGAAGAGAUCUCUGGGAGUCGGCUAUGCUGCUGUUGACAAUCCAGUGUUUUACAAACCUAACACUGCCAUGCUGCUGGGUGAUGCAAAGAAAACUUGCGAUGCCCUCCAUGCGAAGCUCAGAGAAUCAGCCAAACCAAGCUAA